GUGUGCGCGCGCGUGUGUGCGCGUGUGUGCGCUACAGGAAGUGAUUUGCAGUGCUCCCCGGGCCUUUGUUGAGAAGGGUCUCCUCUGGAGUGAGUCACGCUCUCGCUGUGCGCAGCCCUAGCCGCCGGGCGCUCCCUUCGGAAGCGAUGCCUGGAGCGGCGCGAGCGUGCCGCCCUCCGCAGCCCAGCGCGGGGCCGGGGCUGCGCGGCCGCGGCGGCGCGGGCCGCUAGCGGGGAGGCGGCGCCGCUGUCCCCCGCCGUCCCGGCCGCCGCGUCCCGCCGGGCCGCCGCGCUCGCCCCUGCAGCGCCCGGGCGGAUGCGGCCAGCCCACGGAGGGGCAUGCUUCCACGCACCAAGUACAACCGCUUCAGGAAUGACUCGGUGACAUCGGUCGACGACCUUCUGCACAACCUGUCGGUGAGCGGCGGCGGCAAGGUCUCGGCGGCGCGCGCGGCCCCGGCGGCGGCCCCCUACCUGGUGUCCGGAGACGCGCUGCGCCGGGCGCCCGACGAUGGGCCGGGCAGCCUGGGCCACCUGCUCCACAAGGUGUCCCACCUGAAACUCUCCAGCUCGGGCCUCCGCGGGCGCUCGGCGGCCAGGGCGCGGGCGGGCGCGCGGCUCUCGGGCAGCUGCAGCGCGCCCAGCCUGGCCGCCCCGGACGGCAGCGCGCCCCCCGGCCCCGGCGCCCCGGCCAUGCGCGCCGCCAGGAAGGGCCGGCCCGGCGACCAGCCGCCGCCGCGCGCCCCGCACGCCAGCGACCAGGUGCUGGGGGCCGGAGUCACCUACGUCGUCAAGUACUUGGGCUGCAUUGAAGUUCUCCGCUCAAUGAGGUCUCUUGACUUCAGCACAAGAACACAGAUUACCAGGGAAGCCAUCAGCCGUGUGUGUGAAGCUGUCCCUGGCACCAAAGGAGCCUUCAGGAAGAGAAAGCCUCCCAGCAAAAUGCUGUCCAGCAUCCUGGGCAAGACCAACCUGCAGUUUGCGGGGAUGAGCAUCUCGCUGACCGUAUCGACAGCCAGCCUGAACCUGCGGACGCCCGACUCCAAACAGAUCAUUGCGAACCACCAUAUGCAGUCCAUCUCCUUCGCGUCAGGGGGAGACCCGGACACAACAGACUAUGUGGCAUAUGUGGCGAAGGACCCCGUUAAUCGCAGAGCGUGUCACAUUCUGGAGUGCUGCGACGGGCUGGCCCAGGAUGUCAUUGGCUCCAUCGGACAGGCCUUCGAACUCCGCUUUAAGCAAUAUUUGCAGUGUCCUUCCAAGGUGCCCGCAUUCCACGACCGAAUGCAGAGUCUGGAUGAGCCGUGGACUGAAGAGGAGGGGGAUGGCUCAGACCACCCGUACUACAACAGCAUCCCAAGCAAGACACCUCCUCCAGGGGGCUUCGUGGAUGUGCGGCUGCAGGCCAGACCCCAUGGCCCCGACAUAGCCCAGUUCGCAGGAAAAGAGCAAACUUACUACCAGGGGAGACACUUAGGAGACCCGUUUGGCGAGGACUGGCAGCAAACACCAGUCAGGCAAGGGUCCCUGGAUAUCUACGGCAUGCCGGAGGGGAAGGCGCACGCGGGCCCCGGAGAAGCCCCCACGUACGUGAACGCCCAGCACCUCCCGCCUCAGGCCACGCCGGCGUCGGGCAGCAGCGCAGAGAGCAGCCCGCGGAAGGACCUCUUCGACAUGAAACCUUUUGAAGAUGCUCUCAGGAACCAGUCCUUGGGGCCUGUGCUGAGCAAAGCAGCCUCCGUGGAGUGCAUCAGCCCCGUCACCCCCAGAGCCCCAGAUGCCAAGAUGCUGGAGGAGCUGGAAGGGGAGCCUUGGUACCAAGGGGAGAUGAGCCGGAAGGAGGCCGAAGGGCUGCUGAAGAACGACGGGGACUUCCUGGUCCGGAAAAGCGCCACCAACCCAGGCUCCUUCGUCCUCACAGGCAUGCACAACGGCCAGGCCAAGCACCUGCUGCUCGUGGACCCGGAAGGCACGAUCCGGACAAAGGACAAGGUCUUCGACAGCAUCAGCCACCUCAUCAACCACCACCUGGAGAACAGCCUGCCCAUCGUCUCCGCAGGAAGCGAGCUCUGCCUCCAGCAGCCGGUGGAGAAGGCUCCGUGACCGGACAGCCACCUGUCCUGACCCCGCACCGAGGGUCAGGAGUCCUGCUUCUUCCCGGAAGACGGAUAUGAAGGCUCCGGAAACUCAGGCCGCUGCCCGCGGGCUCAGAGCCUCAUCCAAAUGCCCCAGGAGGAAAGUGUCCGUCAAGUGCAAGUUUCAUAAACUUGUUCAGAUUUUCUCAUGUGCAUAUUAAAGGUGUACAUACCUA